AUGAUCACCGUAGGAGAAGACACCGUGAAAGUGAAGGAGAUUAUGGCAGGUAGGCCUCAAAAGUACCUUUCUGCUUUCUGAAACCCUCUGACAAUCAAGGGCAUUAACAGUUGCUGACAGUUGUUACAGGGUAAAGAAUGGUAAGCUUAAUUCUAUCUGUCGUUUCAUCUUUUACCAGUUACAUCUAAACCGUUCUUAACAUUUUCUUGUUCUUAAGAUAAGUUACCGCGUAAUCAUGACCCCACAAGGUGACUGCCGGCUUCUAAAACGUUGCUAUGACAUAUCAACAUAAUUUAUCAUGAGUGAGAGAAAGUUCAUUAAAUGCAUGAAAUUAAAAAGUACAGAUACGCUUGUUGGUUUAAAGCUAAUUUCUAAUAAUUAGGCUUGUUUCAACCCAUCCAUUCACUUUGUCAUAUCUCUGCUGGAGUGUUAAUUGAACUCGGGCAAGAGUGUGCUGCUUUUGGUAGCUGUUCUCUAUCUACUGUAUAUUCCUUGGAAUAUCACCUGUACACUGUACAUGACAGUUCAUUAUGCAAUCGGUAAUUGAGACACCAACACUCUUCACUCUAAGGUCACACACGACCAAUCCACGUCGUGUUCUGAUGAAGACUAGCAGUAAGCAGUUGAAAUGUUGUGAUCUACACGUACAUCAUGUUAAGGGUCCAAUGUUUUGAUUUGUGCACAGGCAGCUCAAAGGAAAACUAUGAGUACUCCCAACAAACCUACAUCUACAUGACCUAUAUGUCCUACAACCAUGUUUUAAUGCACAUGUUUUAAUGAGUUUUUAUCACUCCUAGUAAAUGUAGCGUGGGUAAAUAAGUACUGUAUUGUAUUGUUCAUACAUGUAGUGUUUAUACAUGUAGGUUCUACUCCUUUGUGUUACUGACUGAAAAGCAUAAUAUAUAAUGAAAUUGGUUGCCUGUUUAUUUAGAAGGUCAAAGCAGCCAUCAACAAGUAGCCAUCAGGAAAGAAGGCAUCAACAGGCAUUUAGGAAAGAACAAGUAAGCACUUCCAUGUUGCAUUGUUGGUCUAAUCCACAAUAAAGUCAAACCUGUGUACAACGGUCACCCUCGGGAAAUGGCAAGGUGACUGUUAGCCUCCCCGCGGACGUCCUUUGGGGUUCCUUUGUCACGCAUUCAUUUCUCCCCCACGGACCCCAAAGGACGUCUGCAGGGAGGCUAGGUGACUGUUAUAUACAGGGUGACCGCUAUAUACAGGUCAACUUUGCAGAAAAUAUAAGGCAACUGAAAGUUUGGGAAGUUGUCCAGUAAUUUUUUGUUAAUGUAAUACACAGGAUAACCACUAUAUACAGGUGUGACUGUAGUAUUUUCAUGUGAAAAAGACCUAGUGAAUGUUUAAGUUACAAAGGACUUAGAAUGUUAUUCUUUUUCCUGAACAGAAUACAUCAUCACAGGAAAGAAGAAGGGAUAGACCAGAUAGAGAAAGAAGUCAAAGAGAAAGUCCACACAGAGGUUGUGAUAAUAAUAUAUUUCAGUAUUUUAAAUGUUUUAAAUCUUUUAUUCAUACAUACAUACGUUUGCUACUAAACACAUUAUUAAUCAUGAAACAAAGGAAAUUACUAUUUAUUUGUUGACUUUGUCACUAGUAUGGAUACCAAACACAGUAUAGUUACAUUUUUAAGUUAAUAGGUAAUGCAACUUACCAGUAUAGAAGUUUGUGCACUGUUUAUGUUCGAUCUAGCUGUUGUCAUGUUCUGACAUUGCCUGAACCAUUGUGCUUUUCAAUUCAAUAUGAGCACAAACUAUCCUGCUUACCGGUAUUUUUAAGGUUCAGUCGAAUUAUUAUCUUUAAAUAAUGCAAAUAAUGGAGAAAAUAAUAUGUUUUUUUAAUCACUAAUACUUUAUCUCUUGCUGUGAAGAUGACAGAUUGCAUCAUCAGAGAAGUGAGCAAAACAGUCAGUCUGAAACGUAAGUAUUAUCCAUUAUUAAUUUUGCAGUUUUCAUUUCCUGAAUUGUUUCUUAUUCCUCUACAUUAAUUUUGUGAGUAGGGAUCAGCUAAUUCAGGAGGGAACUGGAUAAUUUGAAGAUUGGAAGACAGUAUUAAGCACUGCAAACCAUAAUUUUCCAAAAGAAUAUCAGAAGACAAAAAUUAGAAAUCAACUGAAAAUGCCUUUAAUAAACAUUGCAUCCUGUAGACUCGAAGAAUACUAAGUACUGCAAAUUAAGAUUGGGUAAUACUAAGGAAAAAUAUGGAGCACAGUACAUGUAUUACUGUUUAAUUCUCUAGCACUGCAAACUCCAAUGUUUGCUCAAACAGUCAAACCAUUCUUCAUAGUUAUCUCUUUAUUUUAUUUCAGGGCUGAACAGAAUGUAGAUGGUCCAAAUUACAAUCUGUCUGGAAAAUUAACAGAAUAUACAAACACAUACAAGGUAUACCAAAAGUUCAUAGUUCUGAUGUCUUAGGCGGGACCUACAUGCAUGUAUUUCUGCCAAUAAUAGUGCAGCAAAUGUUAGCUAUGCACACAGGACAACCAUGAAGCUCUCACUGCAAGACCAUUAACAUUAUGCAUAAUGUAGGCCAUGUCAUGAGAUGUAGUUUAUUUUUGUCUUGUUUGUAGGGAGUUGUUAUCAAAUACAAUGAGCCCCCAGAGGCACGGAAGCCUAAAACAAGAUGGCGACUAUAUCCAUUUAAAGGGGAGGAAGCAAUGUGUGAGUAGCCCAACCUCCAUGAACUAAAAAAGCCAUCCUAAGGGAAGAGAGAAGCAACCACUUACAUCAGUCCUUUAUAGUCCAUUGGCAAUGUAUGUUGGACAAUUUGGUCUAAUAAAACUCUAGUAUUUGGCAACUAUUGUUGGUUUUCAUCAACCAGAGAAAAAAAUGUAUUUUAAUGAUGAAGAAAUUUAAUAUACAACUGCAGCAAAUGAUGGUUCUCAAAAGUCAAUAAUUAGUUAUUCUUAUCUUCCUUAAUUUCCUAACCCUAAUAUUAUUCAUGAUUGUGAGUAAUUAAUAUUAGGGCAAGGAGAAACAGGAUAUUGAGAAUCAACCAACAUACAGUAGGUUGAAACUAUUUCAUCCUGAAUUUCAUUUUGUCCUACAACUUUUCCUUCUUGCAGCUGUUAUGUACAUCCAUCGCCAAAGUGCUUACUUGCUGGGGAGACAAAGACAUGUAUGUACAAACAUGACGUGUACAUUAAAAAGAAAACCAACUUACAAGAACAAAAUGUAAUAUUACCCAUUUGAAAAGUGAAGGUUGUUUGUCUUGUUUGUGUUGCUGAGUUUCUUUGUCUCCUUUAAUUUGGUCAAUUUUGUUUUCAGCCUAGGUCAAUUUGUUUGAACCUUAGUUUUUAUGUUAAGGUUGUACUAAUUUUGUUAUCAAUCUAAGGUUAUCCCAAGCUUAAACUUAACUAACUGAGGUGAGAAUAUGAUCAAAGUAACCCAAGCUAAGUUUGUUCAUAUUUGGCAGCCUGAUAGGCAUGAUCUAUGCAGCUCUGUACUUCAUAACUGAACCAAAUGUAAAAUUUUUCCUCAAACUGCAGGAUUAGUUGAAAGGGUGUUGGAACAAUAUUAACUAAUGUAGUUCCUUCCUGCAUGAUAUUAUUUGCAGAUAGUGGAUAUUGCAAUUGACCAUCCAUCAUGCUCAAAACAACAUGCAGUUUUACAGUACAGACUAGUUGAUCAUACAAAGACAGAUGGAACUGUUGGAAGAAAAGUGAAGUAAGCAGUUAUUCAUAACAUACUAAGCAUAGAUAAAGAUAUGCUGUAAGAGUAUAGGACAUUCAUUAACUGUUGGUCUUAUGCUGUGCCUCUUUUCAUGAUAGAGUGAUUUCCCUACCCUGCGAGCAGAGGCUACAUUUUUGCGGUAUGAGCUGGUGUCUGAUUUCACAUGCCAGCUCAUAUCGCAAAAAUGUAGCCUCUGCUCGCAAGGUAUGAUUUCCUGGACUUUAAAAUGAUAACACAGGAACUAAACUAAAACAGCAACUUAACAAACAAACAAGAUUGAAAAAUUUGAUUAUGAGACAGACAUAAAAGCAUGCAGCUUUUGGUAUGGUUAUCAUAAGCACACAAGGCAUUUCAAGCUGAAAAAAAUUACCUACUGUGAAGUAAUUUUCAGUUAGUUUGGAAAAUAUAAACUGGGCCAGUGUCAACUGGACAUUAAUCUUUUAUGUCACUUUUUCCUUCCAAAACAACAAAACUGUGUUUUGACCUUUUAAACUUAUUUAAACUUAUUUUUAUAUACCUUUUUAUUAGUUAAUAACUUAUUCCAGCCAUAUUAUAAAACAAAAUAACAAACACAUUGAGAAACCAUUUUUCAAGGUCAAAUGGAAAUCACUCUUGCAACACAUAUUUACAGAAUAAAAUAUUAUACACAGUCAGAAUUGAUUUUUUUGUUAACGAGCGCGAUCCUGGUUUAUUUAUUCUUUUGGUUGCAGUUAGUUUUAAACAUGGAAGACAACUUGAUUUUGUGUUAAAAGAUGAGAAGCUAUAACUAUGAAUUAUGCAGUAUCUAACUUUUGACUAUAUGAUAUUAACUCCAGGCCCUAUAUUAUUGACUUGGAGUCUAUAAAUGGAACUUAUCUAAACAACCAAAGAGUAGAACCCAGACGAUUCUAUGAAUUGAAAGAAAAGGUCAGUAUGUUUCUAACUUGAAAGUCAGAAGUAAACACAAAACAUUCUCUUCAUUCUUGUGAUUUUGAUGCUAUUGAGCUUUUGAAUUUCUCUCUGCGUACAUGCUCUCACAACUCUAAGGGGGGGGGGGGGGGGUGGUGAUGACAACUCCAACUUCCUCAUCAGUGAAAAUAAUAUUAACCUUCAGAUUGCAGGGAUGUAGCCAAGGAAAAGCUGAGUAGGCUUUUUUGUCAGUCAAGCAGGAGUUGGUGAAAUAAGCUGGCAGCCAGCUCUUAGGGACAUCCUUGAGAUUGAAGAAAAUAAGUUUUAAUUGUCACCAAAUGAACUUUAUUGCAGCUAAAAUUCUUUCUUGGUAGAAGUUUAUUUCUGCUUUAUUGUUUUGUCAGGAUGUUCUAAAAUUUGGUUUUUCAACGAGGGAAUAUGUAAUUCUAACAGAGAAGUCACAAGACAGUGAUGGCGAUGAACCUGAGCCUGGCAAUGAGGAAGGCUAAAAUUAAAAUUUGGUCAGGAUUGUGUUUGAAAGAAGACUGUUUAACUGAUAAUCCACUGCUGUUGUGUUACCUAAGCUGAGCAGUAUUCAUCAGCUGUACACAGGAUCAGUCAGCCAUUAUUUUCCAGAAAUUUAUCAAAGGGAUUGUCAUCCUAAUUAGCUAUAGAGCAGCAUAAAAUCUCUCCACUUUCAGAACUACAUGUUUAAAGCUUGAUUUUCUCAGUAAUGUUUAUGUUCUGAUGUUUUUCCUUCAUUGCUUCAUAAAAAUUAUACAUGUUACCAAGUCACCCAAGCAAGGCUCUUACUAUAGCAUUUUCACUAUUUUUGAUAAAGAUAAAUGCAGAUACUAAAAGAUUCAUACAUUUACUAUUCAUACACUGUAUGUACCAAGGAAACCAUCCCACAGUAGUUUUUAAUUUUAAGCUCCAGACAAGUCCAAUGCUUGAUUAGCCAUUUCAGGUCAUUCCUGUUAAAUCUUUUGUUUAGUGCCUACUGAGUUCUGACAAGGUCCCAAAUGUACAUAAAAGAAAUUACAGCUAAUGCUUGUUCAUAGAAGUACAGUAUCACAAACAAACUUUCAAGCUCAUAAACCUUACUUAUGAAGGACAGCUAUACAGGAAAUUUAAAACACAAGUUU